UAUAUAUCUUCGGUAUAUCUUAUUUCUUAAAAUCUUGCAAAUAAAAUGGGUGGAAGAGCUGAAAAAGGUACUCCUAAAUGGCUUGCUAACCGUAUGAAAUCAAAGGGCCUUCAGCGCCUCAGAUGGUACUGUCAAGUCUGUGAAAAACAAAUGCGUGAUGAAAAUGGAUUUAAGUGCCAUACUCAAUCAGAAGCUCAUGUCAGGCAAAUGUUAUUGAUUGGAGAGAAUCCAAACAAACAUAUACAUAAUUAUUCAGUAGAAUUUAAAAAUAACUUUAUUCAAUUAUUAAGAACAUCUCAUGGAGAGAAGAGGGUCCAUGCUAAUCAAUUUUAUCAGGAAUAUAUUGCAGAUAAAGGACAUUUGAGGAUGAAUGCAACACGAUGGGUGACUCUAACAGAGUUUGUAAAAUAUCUUGGAUAUGAGGGGAUAUGUAGGGUUGAUGAGACGGAUAAAGGGCUGUAUAUUUCAUGGAUUGAUAAUUCACCAGAAGCUCUGCGUCGUCAACAGUCUAUAAUCAAGAGGGAUCGUCAGGAUAAGGGGGAUGAAGAGAGGGAAAUUAAGAUGAUUAAUGAGCAAAUUGAAAGGGCAAAGAAGAUGGUAAAAGAAGAAGAAAAGCAAGAAUGUCAAAUUAUAAAAGAAUUGGAAAGAAAAGAGGAAAAAAUAACAAUAUCGUUAUCAAAACCAACAAUUAGUGAAAAAAAAGAAUCAACGGGGGUUAAAGAGGAAGAAGGACAACGUUGUAAUAAAAUAACAAGUUUAAAAAAGCAAGAAAAUGUGUUUAAAACAUUAGCUAAAUCAAUACCACCAAAACAAAUACAAAAUAAAGAAAAAAGGCCAUUAACAACAGCAGAAAAGAUUAUUUUAGAAGAAAAGGAGGAGCGUAAAAGAAAAGAAAUGCAAAGGAAUAAUUAUUUUAAUUCAAAACGACGUCAUAUUAAUUUUGAUUGAAAUUAUUAAUUUUAUUUAGAAAAAAAUGUUUUAAACACAAGUAAAA